GUCUCAAAAAAUUGUAUUGGUGGAAUCGUGGAGAUGGCCACUCUCAAGCUUCUCUCUGCUCCUACUCCAAUUGCUCCAAUGUGCUUGCGAUACGUUUGCUGCAAACGUAUUGGAGCGUGUUGGAGGACGACGCGGACAUAACGAGCGUGUCGUACGGGCGAAAGUCCGACGAAAAACGGAAAUAUUCUGGCGGAGAUGACGCUCGGCAAGGUCUAUCGUCUGAAUGAGAGGUAGCACCGCAAAGAUGACGCCUAAACGCAAGACGACCAGUUCAGAAUCCACGUCGUCGAGCAGCUCGGGCUCCUCGUCAAGUAGCUCGUCGAGCUCAGGCAGCGAGUCCAGCUCGUCCGACUCAGAGAACUCCAGUAGCUCUGCCAACAGUCAAAAAGUAUCCGAUAAUGAAAGAAAUAAGAAAAAGGCGCCGUUUCCAGCCACCCGUCAUGUUAAGUCCAAAACUGAAGCAACGUCUGCGCCGACUCUGGAAAAUAAAACUAAAGAUAGACAGCCACCGAAACCCAGACCGUCGGCGUACUCCUCCGAGUCCGAGGAAUCUCCCAGCAAAGCGAAAUCGCCGCAAAAGAGGAAACCACCAGCCAAACCAAAAGCUACUGCUACUGUGGCACCUGUUGUUAAAACGCAGAGAUCUCCCACGAAACCUGCAUCUGCGUCGGGACAGCAUAAAGCGGCACCUGUGUCAAAACCCACCAAUGCCAAGCCCAGCAAAUUUUCUGGUUCUUCGAGUGCUAACAGCAAAUCACCUGAGAAAGCUGGGAAAUCAACGGAACCAGUCCAAAAGAAACUGAAAAAGAAAAGUAUAUUUAGUCCAGAAAAUAGUAGCGAAAGUGAUAGUGGCGUUUCAGCAAAAGUUAGCGCAGUGAAGCCUACAAGUGGUUCUUCAAAAAGUUCCAAAAAUCCACCAGCCAAAGCAAAACUAAGUGAUACUAAGCAAAAAUCUGCGGCAGCUAGCAGACCCGUCGCGAAGCCUGUACAACCACAAAAAUCAGAAAGUUCUGCAAGUUCAAAGAGUUCUGGCGGUUCAGCAUCCUCAGGUAGUUCAGACAGCAGCUCCGAUUCGGAUUCAUCAGAAAGCGUCACUAGCUCACAACCUCAACCAAAAAAGAAGGAAACGCAAUCCAGUUCGCUAAGUAAUACUGUAAUACCACCUAAAAGGCCCUCGGCAGCAGUCGCUCCGGUAAAAUCACAAAAAGCUGUUACAAGACGGCAAGGUGCUGUAAAAAGUGACAACGACGGAGAUGCGUCUGCAAGUGAGAAAGAGAUAGACGAUCGUGAAGCAUCAUCAUCAAAAACAGUGGUGAAAGGCAAGCGAAAACUGCAAACGCGCAAAGGAAAUAAAUUUCUUCAGUUACAAACGAAAGCAGAAAGCGAUUCUGAAUCUGAUACAGCUGAGAGCAAGAGGAGCACGAGCAAAUCGCCUGUCAAGCGCGCUGGUCCGUCCGCUGCCGCUAGACAAUCUUCUGGAACUGGUAGAUCGGCACAGAAUAGUAGUACUCCCAAUACAGGUAGUAGAACAAAUCAAGCUUCUUACACUAGAGCACGCGCGGCGAAGGAGCGUGAAUGUCCGCUGGCUGCGUCCUGCGAUUCACGAGGUCAUCUCUCUGGAAAACUCGAUUCGCACUUUACUCUGGAAGCGUGUCCGUUUUAUCACAAUACCACUCCUCAAGCUUGCGUAGAAUUUUAUAAAGAGAGAAAAAAACGAGAGGACGAACGCAAGAAGGCGAUAAUAAAUCUAGCCAAGAAACCUAAGGGUGUUCAUCAAACUACAGAACAACGCAAUUACCAACUUAAAGUACGAGAGAUGAGAAAUAAAUGGAAGGGUAACACCGGUGACGGUAAUGAAAGCGACAGCGGCAGUGAAUUGCAGGGGAACGAAAAGGACAAGCAGCCUCGGCUAAGUAAUCUCACACCUGAUUAUGACUUGAAGCUAUUUAUGGAAGCCCAGGCGAAUGCCAGUGAAAAAAUCGAAAAGGAAUUACAAGAAUUAGACUACGAUGGAGAAGGCAGAAACGGUGGUGGCACUAAAGUUGUGGAAAUGGGAAAAUGGGAAAUGGAAGUUUGGUAUCAAAGUCCGUAUCCCGAGGAAUAUAGCCGUGCUCCGAAGCUUUACCUCUGCGAAUAUUGUUUGAGAUAUGCGAAAAGCCGUCAAGUUUUAAGGAGACAUCGAGAAAAGUGUUUGUGGAAGCAUCCACCGGGACACGAAGUAUACAGAAAGGAUAAAAUAGGCGUAUGGGAAGUGGACGGUAAGCGGUACAAGCAGUAUUGUCAAAAUCUCUGCUUACUGGCUAAAUUCUUCCUGGAUCAUAAAACGUUAUAUUACGAUGUGGAGCCGUUUCUCUUCUACGUCAUGACAAUCGGCGAUUCCGAGGGCUGUCAUACCGUCGGAUACUUCAGCAAAGAGAAGAACUCCUUCCUAAAUUACAACGUGUCCUGCAUCCUAACGCUGCCGCCUUACCAGAGGCAAGGUUACGGCCGGCUGCUCAUCGACUUCAGUUACUUGCUGACGAGGGUCGAGAAGAAAAUCGGUUCACCGGAGAAGCCGCUGUCGGACCUCGGUCUGAUUUCGUAUCGCAGCUACUGGAAGGACGUUUUGCUGCAGUAUCUCUGCAAUUUCGGCGGCAAGGAGAUCUCCGUAAAAGAUAUCAGCAAGGAAAUGGCCAUCGACUCGUACGACAUUGUCAGCACUUUACAGGCCCUCGGUAUGAUGAAGUACUGGAAGGGCAAGCAUAUCAUUCUCAAGAAACAGGACGUGAUCGACGACUACAAGGAGAGGGUGAAGAGACGGGGCCCCGUCUACAAAGAGAUCGAUCCGGAGUGUCUGAAAUGGAACCCCUUCCAGCCACCCAAGACGCCCUCCGCCUCGAACUAAGGUCUGCCAGGAGCUUGGAAGUACGCCACCUUCUCCUCCCUUCGUCUGCCGACCCCCCCUCCUCGUCGUCGUGGCGCGACUCCAUAGACUACGGUCGAUUCUCGCGUUCCUCCUCGCCGUCGUCAUCAUCAUCGUCCUUAUCUACGUUUCUGACCUUCCCGCUGGCUCACGCAGCGCGGGGAAGCCAUAAGCCGCCACCGACAGA